CCAUUUAUGAUUCUCACUAUUACUAUUAUUUCUUAGUAGUAACAAAAAGAUUGUGACCGAAAGAUAUCUUAAAGAUAAGAGAGAAAAAAAGAAAAGACAGAAUAUUACGUAAGCUUUAAGGUACUACGGUAACACAGUUACUUAAUCACAGGAAUAUAAAAUGACAGAACAUGUGGAGAUUAUCUAAAAACCUAUCGGAAAAGGUGAGAGAGGGAUAUACAUAGAGAGUUAAAGAUGCUAGAAGGGAAAGCGAAGGUGGAAGAUACAGAUAUGCCAGUGAAGAUGCAAAUGAAAGCAUUGAACAUUGCUUCUCAAUCUCUCGAUCUUUUUGAUGUCUCUGAUUGUCAAUCUAUCGCUGCUCACAUCAAGAAGGAGUUUGAUGAGAGAUACGGAAGUUGGUGGCAAUGUGUGGUGGGAUCAAACUUUGGGUGUUUCUUCACACAUUCUAAAGGAACUUUCAUCUAUUUCCAUUUGGGAACCCUCAACUUCCUCAUCUUCAAAGGAGCCACUCUUUAGUUUCUUAAUAAUUAACACCCAUGUUUUAUAUUUUUCUUUGUUCUUCUAAACUGAGAAGUAGCUUUUGUUUGUGUAUGAAGCUAUAGUUUUGUUUUUUCUCUUUUCCUUUCUGUAAUAGAUAAUGUUUUUCAUGUAAAUUGUGAGAUCAUGUAUCUGUAUAAUAUGGAUUUUGAGAUUAA